AUGUCAGACUUCCAAUUACAAAUAUUGAAGAAAUUGGCUGAAUUGAAUGAAAUUAAAUCCACAGCACAGGUCUUCCCAGAAAAGAAUUCUCAAGAAGUUCUAGCUGCUUUAAGUUCAUUGAAUGCUCAUUCUAAAUUAAACUACGUCAAGUCCGAAAACAUCGCCUAUGAUUUAUCCAAUGAAGGUAAAGACAUUAUAGCUAAUGGAUCCCAUGAAAUGAAACUAUUGAGUCUAGUUAAGGAAUUGGGUAAACUGCAAAUUAAAGAUGUCAUGUCUAAGAUGGGUGCCGACGGUAAAGUUGGUCAAGCUCGUGCUUUCAAGAGCGGUUGGAUCGUUAAGAACAAAGAAAAUGAAUUAGAAGUUAGUGAUAAGUUCAAAUCCCAACCCCUCGAUACCAUUGAAGAUGAAACUAAGAUUCUAUUACAAAAAAUCGUCGAUGGUGAAACAUUAGAUACCAAAACUAUAAAUGAUUUGAAAAAGAGAAAAUUGAUUACACCAAGAAAAUUAACAGAUUAUUCGGUCACCAAAGGUCCUGAUUUCUCUCUAGAACUUGCCAAAUUGGAAACUGAUAUAACUUCCGAAAUGGUCGCCACUGGUUCUUACAAAGAUUUGAAAUUCAAAGCUUAUAAUUUCAAUUCUCAAGGUGUAAAUGUUUCAUCUGGUGCAUUACAUCCAUUAAACAAAGUUAGAGAAGAAUUCAGACAAAUUUUCUUCUCUAUGGGGUUCACUGAAAUGCCAUCAAACCAAUACGUUGAAACUGGGUUCUGGAAUUUCGAUGCAUUAUACGUCCCACAACAGCAUCCAGCUCGUGAUUUACAAGAUACUUUCUACAUCAAGGAUCCAUUAACUGCUGAUUUACCUGAAGAUAAAACUUACAUUUCCAAUAUUAAAGCCGUUCAUGAAAAUGGUAAAUUCGAUUCAAUCGGUUACCGUUACAAUUGGAAAGAAGAAGAAUGUCAGAAAUUAGUCUUAAGAACACAUACUACAGCCAUUUCAGCAAGAAUGUUACAUGAUUUAGCCAAGGAUCCCAAACCAACAAGAUUAUUCUCUAUCGAUAGAGUUUUCCGUAAUGAAGCUGUGGACGCUACACAUUUGGCUGAAUUCCAUCAAGUUGAAGGUGUCUUGGCAGAUUAUAAUAUCACUCUAGGUGAUUUGAUUAAAUUCAUGGAAGAAUUUUUCGCUAAGAUGGGUGUCACUGGGUUAAGAUUCAAACCAACUUAUAAUCCAUACACGGAACCUUCCAUGGAAAUCUUCUCAUGGCAUGAAGGUCUUGGUAAAUGGGUUGAAAUUGGUAAUUCCGGUAUGUUUAGACCUGAAAUGUUGGAAUCCAUGGGUUUACCAAAAGAUUUAAGAGUCUUAGGUUGGGGUCUAUCAUUGGAAAGACCAACUAUGAUCAAAUAUAAGGUUCAAAAUAUUAGAGAAUUGUUAGGUCAUAAGGUUUCUCUAGAUUUCAUCGAAACCAACCCAGCUGCAAGAUUAGAUGAAGAUUUGUAUGAAUAG